GAGCCUGAAAGGUUGUAGCCUCGUAGCUACCAACAUUACCAGGUACAUUAACGUUAGCUCUUCACUGGACAAGAUGGCGAGUCCGGGGAAAGACACGUUCAGGAUGAAGAGCUAUAAGAACAAGGCCUUGAUUCCUCAGGAGAUGCGUCGAAGGAGAGAGGAGGAAGGAAUACAGCUACGCAAGCAGAAAAGAGAGGAGCAGCUGUACAAGAGGAGGAAUGUGUGUGUUCCUUCAAGUGAUGAAUCCAUGCUGGAGUGUCCGAUCCAGGAUCCAGACGUCAGCUCCACAGUGCCUGCUGCCGGGGAGGGGGUCAUCACUCCAGAUAUGAUUCAAAUGAUCUUCUCUGACGACCCAGACCAGCAGCUCAUUGCUACACAGAAAUUUAGGAAAUUACUCUCCAAAGGUUGGUGUUGCAUCUCAGAAUGACUUUAUUGCUAUCAUUCAUGGAUUUCAUCUGCCACCGCUUCAUAUAGUAUCUGUUGUAGCACACUGUAAAUCCUUCAUAUAAUACAUGAAGGGUCUCUCCAAAAUACCACCUCAAUGUCCACUAUAUUUCAAACUGUAGUUAGUAAUGAAAAAUGGAUGUAAGGCAAGCACUCUUGAUAUUUUAGAGGAUCAACAUAAAAUGGAAGAUUUACCAAAACCCAUAAGGCCAAUUUGAUCACUGUCCGAUAAUAAAACAAUGAUGACUGUACACAGUUUUCCUUGCAUAGGGUUCAAUCACUUUGCUGUUAUACAUAAUCGUUUGUGCUAAUAUGUGACCUGCUCUAUCGAAAUCAGUUGCAUUGAC